CCCAUCGAAGGCUCCCUUUUGCAUAUAAAAACCUGAACCUCUUGUCACUCAAGUACUACAACAACCUCCAUUAGCCUCUUUGAACAGUCUCGUCUGACAUCACCUCUACACCUAACACAGACAGCCAUGUUCUUUGCUCGUUUUUUUGCACUCUUCUUCUUCUUUACCUGCUUCAGCAUCGCCUCCUCUGUACCUUCCUCUGCCGCUGCGGUAAAAAAGAGGCAGGACACUGCUGAUGUCGAAAUAGUUCUCAACACGCUGAAGAACUCCACCGAUACUAUCUUGCCCCAAAUUACUUCUGUCGGUCAAUCUGGAAUCGCAUCUGAUGCUACCGUCACUCCCCUCAUCAACGAGUUGACUACGGCUCUCAACACUGCGACCUCCUCGUUGGCCUCCCUCCAACCCUCCAGUCGCAAGGCUCGCCGUCAAUCCGACGACGAUAUCGCUGAUCUCAUUGCAGGCAUCAUCACUGACAUCGCUGACGCUCUUGAUACUCUUGUUGGUGAUCUCUCAGCCAUCCCCGAUCUUGGCUCGCUUCUCGACGGCGUUGAUUCUGCGCUCCACGAAGUCCUGACAGGACUUGAGACACUCCUUGCUGGCGUUUUGACCCUGGUUGCCGACUUACUUGUCAACGUCGCUGGGUUACUCAAGAGUCUUUCCCUAGGCCUCACUCUAGCGUCACUCGGCUUGUGAUUAUGUGCGGUCAAUCAAAUUACAAGGACGAGAAAGAAUGAACUAUACCGUAUCACUUGUUCAAAUUUCACCCAUAUCUGUAACUCAAACGGACAUUUAGCCUGAUCCACUAUUAAAUAUUUAUGAUCAGAUAUACAGUCAUCUACCAUCAUUUGGGACACCACCAUCAAAUGGGACAAACGAUGUUUUACCAUGAUCUAUAGCUAUUUUGGUUUCGGAAUUUUUUGAGGCAUGCAGUAGGAUAACCCCUUCAAAGUAUUAGCUACUCAGAUGAGCAUGUAUUUGCAUAGUCCCAUCGUAACACUCAGAAAGUGUCAUUAUGGGAUGAAAAUGAAAAAUGUUUUGAUGAUUGCCAUUGUU